AUGAUGAGUAGUAUACAAUCAAAAAAAAAUUCAUCAUUUAAAUGGACAUCGAGAAUUAUUAGUUUUAUUUGGAUACUUCUUACGGCUUGUUUUGCUAUUCUUAAUAUAUAUAUAUUUGUCCAACCUCAAUGGAUUGGUGAUACAUUAUCAAGUCCACGUGCAGGUCAUUUUGGUUUAUAUUCAUAUUGUAUAAGUACAAUAAAUGAUUAUGAAUUUGAUUGUCAAGGAACAUGGACAAAUUUUUCAACAAUUCUAAGUUCACCAUUUGCAGCUGCUACAUUUUUUGUUGGUUUCUCGGCUUUACUUAUUCUUAUAUGUCUUGUUUUAUUUAUAUCUUUCUUAUUUUUACGUCCACGAAUUGUCUAUUUUAUUUGUGCACUUAUACAAAUAAUCUGUUCAAUUUGUUUACUUAUUGCACUUAUUGUCUAUCCAGCCGGUUUUGAUCAUGAUACAAUUCGAAAUGUAUGUGGUUCUGAUGCUAAUGAUUAUUAUCUUGAUACGUGUCAAAUACGUUGGGCGUAUAUCUUAGCUAUUAUUGCAUUUUUUAAUGUAUCAAUACUUGCAAUGUUAGGACUUUUUCUUGGAUUUAAACAACCGAAAAAUGGAACUAUGAAAGAAGUUAUUAAUCCAAAUCAUGUUAUAUCGAAAUAUGGAGAACUUAAUGAAGCAUUUGAUGAUCGUACGUUUUCAGAACAAACAAUACCAACAACAACUCUACAACGACGUUAA